CUUCUUCCAUCUUUGUAAACAGUGCGGGCGCAUGCGCAGUGGCGCUGCACUCUAAUGGAGGACAUGUCUGAUCUGCAAUCGUGUUUUUCUGCGCUGUUUCUCUGAGCUGCGCCCUCAACACCCCUCAGCUGAGCCCGAGACACCCCCCCAGUGGCAGAAUGGCUUCGGACUCUGUCUCUCAAAGCUCCCAGAGUCCUUCCACCAGGAUCAUGACCUUUCACCCCACAAAAGAGGAGUUCAAAGACUUCAACAGAUACAUAGUGUAUAUGGAGUCUCAGGGGGCUCACAGAGCUGGCAUGGCUAAGGUGGUGCCACCAAAGGACUGGAAGCCCCGGCGCACGUACGAUGACAUUGAUGAUCUGGUGAUUCCCGCACCGAUUCAACAGGUGGUCACUGGCCAAUCAGGUCUCUUCACGCAGUACAACAUCCAGAAGAAGCCGAUGACCGUCAGCGAGUUCCGCAAAACUGCCAACACAGACAAGUUCUGUAAUCCAAGAUAUGCUGAUUUUGAUGAACUAGAGAGGAAAUUUUGGAAGAAUUUAACAUUCAAUCCACCUCUAUACGGGGCAGAUGUCAGUGGAACCCUCUACGAUCCAGACGUGACGGAGUGGAAUAUUGGUCAUCUGAACACUAUUUUGGACACGGUGGAGAGAGAGAGUGGAAUCACAAUCAAAGGAGUCAACACUCCGUAUCUUUAUUUCGGGAUGUGGAAGAGCACGUUCGCCUGGCACACAGAGGACAUGGAUCUCUACAGCAUCAACUACCUUCACUUUGGAGAGCCCAAGUCCUGGUACAUUGUGCCUCCAGAACACGGGAAGCGUUUAGAGCGUCUUGCUAAAGGAUUUUUUCCCGGAAGUGCCCAAAGUUGCGAAGCCUUCCUGCGACACAAAAUGACUUUAAUUUCCCCAUCUAUUCUGAGGAAGUAUGGGAUCCCCUAUGAGAAGGUCACACAGGAAGCAGGCCAGUUCAUUGUGUCCUUCCCGUAUGGAUAUCAUGCUGGGUUUAACCAUGGCUUCAACUGUGCAGAAUCCACCAACUUCGCCACCCAGCGCUGGAUCGAUUACGGAAAGCUGGCGACAUUAUGCUCCUGCCGGAAGGACAUGGUGAAGAUAUCCAUGGAUGUGUUUGUUCGCAAGUUCCAGCCAGAACGCUAUAAACUUUGGAAAGCAGGAAAGGACAGUGCACCCAUCGACCACUCGAAGCCCACGCCAGAGGCAGCAGAGUUCCUGACAGAUGGAAAGAUGGAGAAAGAGACAGGAGAGCUCAGCGAUAGCAGCAAAGCAGAAACACAGGAGAAGAGAGGAGAAGCAGAGGCUGGAGAGGAGGACAAGACCAAAAUGUUGAAAAGGGAAACCGAUGGUGCAAAGAAGAAAGAAGGAGCAGAGAAAGGAGGUCUGGAGGCAGAGAAGAAGAAGCCUGUUAGAGAUGAAGAACCAAGCAGUACCUCAGAGCAGAUCAACAGUAGCACUCCAAAGCAGAAUGUGGGGCAGAAACGGCUCAGACCCAGCCCUGACAACAAUCAAGUAAAGGUAGAAAAAGAGGAGGAAGUUGAGAAGAAGAAAGCCAAACUCAGUCAGACUGAGACUGAUGACAAGACUGAACAAUCCAUCUCCGCUGACCCAGGUUAUGCGCAAGCUGAGGAGGCGAUGAAGACAGACACGCCCCCUCCACAACAGCAAGAGAAUCAAGCCCCUUCCUGCAUGGAGGUGGAGCUCUCACCAUCAGACCCCACCUCCAGCAGUGACAUCACAAUGCAGCAAAGAGAUGAUGUCACUCCCUCUGAACCCAACGACGUCACCUCAUCCUCACAAUCCACAAACAGCAUCGCUGAUGACGAGGCUCCGAGCAUUGAUGUCACCUCUCAGUCCCAACACGUCACUCAAAGCUGUGAUGUCCAAAACAAGUCUGAUGACAUCACUCCAAAUGGUGACCUCACUGAUGCGCAGCAGAGUGACAUCAUGGCCCAUUCGUGUUCCAGAGACAUCCCUGCCGCUGACAUCAUGCCUCUCAUAUCUGUAACCAGCAGUAUCUCCUCUCUACACGGCAUUAACUCCGCCCACACCUGUGAUGUCUCUGCUGAACCCAGCGACAGCACUAUAAAUACCAUCAUCCCUAGUCCAAGUGACCCUGGCAUAAAUUCCUCCCUUACCUAUGAUGACCAACCAGAACCCAACGACAUCGCGGUCAGCCCUAAACACGAACCUGGCAUUAACUCCACCCACACCUGUGAUGUCACCACAGAAUGCAGUGACAUCACCAUCAGCAAUGAAAAUGAACCCAGCAUUAGUUCUGCCCACAGCUGUGAUGUACAACCAGAACCCAGUGACAGCAACAUCAGUGCUGAAAAAGAACCAAGCAUUAGCUCCGCCCACAGCUGUGAUGUCCAACCAGAACCCAGUGACCGCAACAUCAGUGCUGAAAAAGAACCCAGCCAUAACGCCACCCACAGCUGUGAUGUACAACCAGAACCCAGUGACCGCAACAUCAGUGCUGAAAAUGAACCAAGCAUUAGCUCCGCCCACAGCUGUGAUGUCCAACCAGAACUGAGCAACAUCAUCGACCCUAAACAUGAACGCAGUGUUAACUCCGCCCACACCUGUGAUGUCACCACAGAACCCAGCAAUAUGACCAGUAGCUCUGAACCUAAACCUGGCAUUAGCUCUGCCCACACCUGUGAUGUCACCACAUAUCCAAGCGGCAUUACUGUCAACCCUGAACACGAACCCAGCAUUAACUCCGCCCAAAUCUGUGAUGUCCAACCAGAACUCGGCAACAUCACAGUCAGCCUUGAACACAAACCCAGCACUAACUCCGCCCUCACAUAUGAUGUCAUCACUGAACCCAGUAACAACACUGUCAGCCCUGAACACAAACCCAGCACUAACUCCGCCCUCACAUAUGAUGUCAUCACUGAACCCAGCAACAUCACCGUCAGCCCUGAACACAAACCCAGCACUAACUCCGCCCUCACAUAUGAUGUCAUCACUGAACCCAGUAACAACACUGUCAGCCCUGAACACAAACCCAGCACUAACUCCGCCCCCACAUAUGAUGUCAUCACUGAACCCAGCAACAUCACCGUCAGCCCUGAACACAAACCUAGCACUAACUCCGCCCUCACAUAUGAUGUCAUUACUGAACCCAACAACAUCACCGUCAGCCCUGAACACAAACCCAGCACUAACUCCGCCCUCACAUAUGAUGUCAUCACUGAACCCAGCAACAUCACCGUAAGCCCUGAACACAAACCCAGCACUAACUCCGCCCUCACAUAUGAUGUCAUCACUGAACCCAGCAACAUCACCGUCAGCCCUGAACACAAACCCAGCACUAACUCCGCCCUCACAUAUGAUGUAAACACUGAACCCAGCAACAUCACCGUCAGCCCUGAACACAAACCCAGCACUAACUCCGCCCUCACAUAUGAUGUCAUCACUGAACCCAGCAACAUCACCAUCAGCCCUGAAAAAAAACCCAGCACUAACUCCGCCCUCACAUAUGAUGUCAUCACUGAACCCAGCAACAUCACCGUCAGCCCUGAACACAAACCCAGCACUAACUCCACCCUCACAUAUGAUGUCAUCACUGAACCCAGCAACAUCACCGUCAGCCCUGAACACAAACCCAGCACUAACUCCGCCCUCACAUAUGAUGUCAUCACUGAACCCAGCAACAUCACCGUCAGCCCUGAACACAAACCCAGCACUAACUCCGCCCUCACAUAUGAUGUAAACACUGAACCCAGCAACAUCACCGUCAGCCCUGAACACAAACCCAGCACUAACUCCGCCCUCACAUAUGAUGUCAUCACUGAACCCAGCAACAUCACCAUCAGCCCUGAAAAAAAAAACAGCACUAACUCCGCCCUCACAUAUGAUGUCAUCACUGAACCCAGCAACAUCACCGUCAGCCCUGAACACAAACCCAGCACUAACUCCACCCUCACAUAUGAUGUCAUCACUGAACCCAGCAACAUCACCGUCAGCCCUGAACACAAACCCAGCACUAACUCCGCCCUCACAUAUGAUGUCAUCACCGAACCCAGCAGCAGCUCCAUCAGCCUUAAGUCUGGCGAGUUGCGGUGCAGCUCUGCGUCAGCGGGCGGCAGAAAGGUGUGUCCACCUGCGGUCCAGCACAUCUUCCAGAGAACGCUGAGCCCCGCGGAGGUGCUGCACGUCCACAGCUAUGCUAAAGGAGACUACAGCGAUCUCGAGCCGCGCAUUCGGCAUGAGAGAGACCAAGACAGCGACUCUGAUAGCGACUCUCAAGAGGACAGCAAGAAUGAAGAUGAACACCCAGUGGAAGCUCAGCACAGACUUCCCAGACUCCCCAGGCACCAUCCUCUGAUGAAGGACAGCAUCAGUGAUGAAGAGCUGCAGGAUCAGGCUGUGUCAGAGGAGGACGGGCUGGACGGGGAGGCCUGGGCGCGACCUUUGGCCCAGCUGUGGCAGAACAGACCAUAUAAUCCAGAGAGAGAGAGAGAGUACAACAGAGAGAUGGGUCUGCGGCCCCCAUACUGCGCUGUGUGCACGCUCUUCCAGACACAUCAGCAGUCUGAAGGAGGCGAGAGCGAGCCGGCUGUGAUGCUGCCCAGGGGUCAGAUGAGGACCAAGCCUCUGAUUCCAGAGAGAUGUUUCACCACCACCACUGAGGACAGCACAGACGUCCAGCCGUCCACACCUCACCUGGAAGAGGACGGCACCAGUCUGCUCGUCAGCUGCUCCCUGUGCAGUGUCCGUGUGCACACUAGUUGUUACGGUGUGGCUCCAGCGAGAGUCUCCAAAGACUGGAAAUGUGCCCGCUGUAAAGCCAACGCCCACACCGAGAGUUGCUGUCUGUGUUCGUUGAGAGGUGGAGCAUUGCACAGAGCCAAUAAUGGCAAAUGGGUUCACGUCCUGUGUGCGGUGGCAGUGCUGGAAGCCCGCUUUGUGAACAUCGCUGAACGAUCGCCCGUGGAUCUCAGCGGCAUUCCCUUACAGAGAUUCAAGCUGAAAUGCUACUACUGCAAACGGCGAAUGAAGAAAACGUUGGGCUGUUGUGUGCAGUGUUCUCACGGUCGGUGUCCCACCUCAUAUCACCCGACCUGCGCACAGGCCGCCGGCGUCAUCAUGCACCCGGACGACUGGCCCUUCGUCGUCUAUGUCACUUGUUGCCGCCACAAAGGGCCGGUGCAAUCAGAGGUAUUGCACUCGUGUGCACUGUAACAAGUGACUGCACUAUA